AUGCCUUCACGGGAACCCAAUAAUAUGGCUAAUGAUCUCUGCCUAAAGCUGAACACUCCUCUUCUGACAAACGUCGCUCGUUCCACCAUUAUAGUGACAAAGUCCGGGAUGCUGCUCAACUCAGGAAAAUUUUGCCCUGAGGGUACCGCAAGCCCGAAUGAUGCUCAGGAGUGCACUGCUGGCCAUAUGUGCCCUGAAGGCAGCGCAUCUCCUAUGCUAUGCCCUCAGGGCACCAAACAGCCAAGCACAGGGCAAGCAAACUGCAUCGAAUGUACAGUUGGUACGAUUAAUACUUCGGCAUUCAGAACCCUGGCAGCAGCGGGAGAAAAGCUGAGUCAGGGGAAAAUGAAGGCUGUUUCGAUGGCAUUAAUCGUAUAG